UGCAGUGUAACGGGACACUCGGACGAACUGUGUGUGUGAUGUCACAGGAAACCCGUUACACACUCCUUUGCUGCUUCAGGGGCCUCAACUCAUCACCGAGCACAUCUCCCAGUACACACUACACACUACGUACUGAGAACGGAGAACUGGACCGAGCUGACGAGCGGAAACAUUCAGAUCAUUUGGAGACACAAAAACCGAACACUGGAACCAUGUUUGGAUGCUGGAUUACCUCAUUUCUCUUUCUCUCAGCAACCUCUGAGUUUUUUGUGGUGGCCCUCUCAGAGAACAACACUGGAGGUACGGCGCAAAAGAAAGGCCAUGAAAUGGACUUCGCGCGUCACAGUAUUUUGACCGCCCAGUUUGAAUGUUACCAGAAGAUUAUGAAAGACACUAAUCACAACAGAACAGAUGGCUCUAAGUGUAAACGGACGUGGGAUGGGUGGAUGUGCUGGGAUGAUCUGGAUGCAGGGGUCACUUCAUUUCAGCACUGUCCAGGCUACUUUAAUGAUUUUGACACCUCAGAAAUGGUAACGAAGAUUUGUACUGAUUCUGGCCACUGGUUCGUUCACCCAGAGAGUAACAGAACAUGGACGAAUUACACAGGCUGUACGCAUAAGUCUAAUGAUCACAAAAGGACAGCAUUUAAUCUCUACUACUUGGCUUUGAUUGGUCAUGGAUUGUCGCUGAUAUCUUUGUUUAUUUCUCUGGGGAUUUUUUUCUAUUUUAAGAGCUUAAGUUGUCAAAGGAUAACUCUGCACAAGAAUCUGUUCUUCUCUUUUGUGCUGAACUCGGUUAUAACCAUCAUCUUUUUCACUUGUGUUGUAAACAACCAAGAAGUAACACAUGUCAACCCAGUGAGCUGUAAAAUAUCCGUGUUCAUCCACCAUUAUCUCCUGGGCUGUAACUACUUCUGGAUGUUGUGUGAGGGCAUCUACCUGCACACACUCAUUGUGGUGGCAGUGUUUGCUGAGAAACAGCACCUCAUGUGGUAUUACCUCCUAGGAUGGGGCUUCCCGUUAAUACCUGCAUUCAUCCAUGCAAUAUCCCGAAGUUAUUACUACAAUGACAACUGUUGGAUAAGCUCGAACACUUCUCUGCUCUACAUUAUUCAUGGUCCCAUCUGUGCAGCCCUGUUGGUUAACCUCUUCUUCCUUUUAAACAUUGUGAGAGUGUUGAUCACUAAGCUGAAGGUGACCCACCAGGCAGAAUCCAGUCUGUACAUGAGGGCCGUCAGGGCCACCUUGAUCCUGGUACCUCUGCUGGGCAUUCAGUACUUACUGCUGCCCUACAAACCCGAAGGACAGCUCGCCUCCGAGAUAUUUAUACACACAAUGAACAUACUUAUGCAUUACCAGGGCCUUUUGGUUGCCACUAUAUUUUGCUUUUUCAAUAGCGAGGUUCAAAGUGUAUUACGAAGGCACUGGAACCAGUACCGCAUCCAGUUUGGCAGCACAAUUGCCAACACUGAGGCCCUGCGUUCUGCGUCCUACACGGCCUCCUCCAUGACGGAGGUCCAUCGAUGUUACAGCAUCGACAGCCACAUGGAAACUCUAAACGGAAAGAGUUUUCACAAUCUGGAGACCACCAUUCUCCGAUCAGACAACCUGUACAUGUGAGAGACUCUUCUCUUUGACCCUUGGGGGAACAGCCCCAUGGAGAGGACCACUAACUGAGAUGCAUGUGAGAAGAAGCCUACUGGACAUUCAUCUGGUUACUUUGGACUACAAACACCCAGAAGACCUUCCUGUUCCGUAGAGGCCUUAGUUAUCUCAUGUUAUCUGGAUGGGAACUGGAGAAAAUACUAUUUUAUAUGGAAUAUUAAAGCCACGUGAACCUUUUCCAUAAUGAUCCAGUGGAACACUUUGGAGAACGUCACACAUUGUCAGUCUUUCAUAUUUCUUUAUUGAAAUGAAGGUGUUCAAUGGGUGAAACUAUGAACUGAGGAUCAUACCUAAUGAAGCUUUUUCUUAAUGGCACUGUGUUGUUUUAGUGAAUGUUGAGCCCCGCUGAUGCAUUGGAUGAUGGAUUCCACAUCUAUGGAUCUAUGGAAUAUUCUGGCUCAAAGAACCUGUAGUAGAAGAAAGGAAUAAACAAUGAAAGAGGCGAAAUCACUACAACGUGAUUCCAGAAGAUACUGAUGAUCUUGUCCUGCUCUUUUUGUUCAUCCUGAACUCCAUCUUGUUAUCAGUUAUGUGAUUCGUAUGUGACCCUGGACCACAAAACCAGUCUUAAGUCGCUGGGGUAUAUUUGUAGCAAUAGCCAAAAGUACACUGUAUGGGUCAAAAUGAUUGAUUUUUCUUUUAUGCCAAAAAUCAUUAGUAUAUUAAAUAAAGAUCAUGUUCCAUGAAGAUAUUUUGUAAAUUUCCUACCAUAAAUAUAUAUCAUAACUUCAUUUCUGAUUAGUAAUAUGCUUUGCUUAGAACUUCAUUGGACAACUUCAAAUGUGAUUUUCGCAAUUUUAGAUUUUCUUGUGCCCUCAGAUUCCAGAUAUUCCAAUAGCUGUAUCUCGUCCGAAUAUUGUCCUAUCCUAACAAACCAUUUAUUCAGCUUUCAGAUUAUGUAUAAAUCUCAGUUUUCCAAAAAUGUACACUUAAGAUUGGUUUUGUGGUCCAAGGUCACAUUUUAUGUGAAAUUUUUAUCCACAUACAGGGCAAUAUUGACAAUAUAUUCUAUGUAUGCGAAAUGUUUUAUUGUCUCUUAGGAGUACUGAGUUUUUAUAUAUAAGUGUAUAUAUAUACUUUGAAUAAAGAAACCAAAACCGAAUACAGUUACUGUCUUCAGAAACUAGAGUCACUGUCAACAUACAUUCCCCUGCUAAAAGACUAGCAGAUCAUGGAUAAAUUAGAUGAACCAGUCUGGACUAGCAUGUUAAUUCUUGCUAGUCUUUUCAGCAGGGUUAUCUUAUUUACUUUUGAUUCAUCGAAAUGUCUGUCUUAAACUAAUUUAUCUGUAGUUCAUAUAAAUCUCAGUAUAAGUGAAUCUUGUUCCAAGGCAAGUUACAUUAGUACACGUGGGUUUACAGUUUUUUGAGAUCUACAGAUCUACAAACAGAGAUGAGAUCUCUAUCUGUGUCUCUAUGUCUGGAACAUACAGAUGCGUUUGGCGCUUUUUUCAUUGUUGUGUUUCUUAAAACAUUUAAUGUGCACAUGCUGGAUAAAUAAACAUUCAUAUUUUGAGAUGUAAA